GGUCGCCUUGCACUGUGAUGCGCCUCUUGACAUGACUCACGCCGCCACGACGAUGCACGAUACCCACGACGUCCGCCGGUAGCAGAGACCAGAGCCCGCCCGCCGCUACAUUCAGAGCCCGCCGCCAUGGCCGAGGCCGCGCCCAACUAUGCUGUCAAGCAGCAGGUGGUGGAUAAGAUCCCCGCGCGCAUCAAGCAUAUCCAGUUCGGCAUCUACUCCAACCAGGACAUUGUCAACCAGGCCGUCCUCGAAGUCUCCGACCGCAAUGUCUACGACCUCACCCCCGCCGCCGACAACACGCGCACCCUUACCGCCAAUGGGCCCAUGGACACUCACAUGGGUAUUUCGAGCAAGACAGGAAAAUGCGGAACCUGCGGCGAGGGCCUUGACAAGUGCAACGGCCACUUUGGCCACAUCAAGCUGGCCCUGCCGGCCUUCCACGUGGGAUACCUGAAGCACAUCAUCGAGGUGCUGAACUGCAUCUGCAAGGACUGCUCGCGCGUGCUGCUGGAUGAGGUGGAGCGACGCAGGUACUUGCGCAGCAUGCGCCGCCCCGAUAUGGACACCCUGCGACGCAGCGCCGUCUCGAAGAGGAUCCUGGAGGACUGCCGAAAGAAGAAGACGUGCCCGUACUGCAAUGCGCUGCAGGGCACCGUCAGGAAGGUCCCCGGCCACCCGCUCAAAAUCAUCCAUAACCGCUACGACGCCUACAACCGAUCGACCGCAAAGACAAAGAAGGCCCCCGCCGGCAAGAUUGAAUUCGACCAGUCCUUCGACACAGCAAAGGCAGCGAACCCCGACCUCGACAAGCAUCUCAAAAAGGCCGCCGACGAUAUGCACCCCCUGCGAGCCCUCAACUUGUUCAAGAAGAUCUCCCCCGAGGAUUGCGAGCUGCUGGCCAUGAUUCCGGAGGACGCACGGCCGGAAAUGCUGAUCUGGGAGUACAUGCCUGUACCGCCUGUUGCGCUGCGACCAUCGGUCAUGCAGGAGGGAGGAGCCACGGAAGAUGAUGUGACGAACAAGAUUGGAGACAUCUGCCAGAUCAGCAGUAUUAUCAGGGCUGGCCUGGCACGAGGCUUUCCGCUUCAAAUCCUCAUGGAGCAGUGGGAUUUCUUGCAACUGCAGAUCGCUAUGUACAUCAACAGUGACGCGCCCGGUCUGAAACAGCAGGGUCUGCAGAAGACAAUGCGCGGUUUCUCGCAGAGACUCAAGGGCAAGGGUGGACGAUUCCGUCAAAACUUGUCUGGAAAGCGUGUCGACUUCUCAGGUCGCACUGUCAUUGGACCCGAUCCUAACUUGAGUAUUGAGGAAGUUGCUGUGCCAGAACGCGUCGCCAAGAAUCUAACAUACCCUGAGAAGGUGACGAGAUACAACAUCGAAAAGCUCAAAAAGCUAGUGCUGAACGGUGCCAACAAAUACCCCGGCGCGAACUACAUCUUGAAGGACGAUGCCGAACGAACUCCGAAUAGAGAGCGCACCAAGAUCUCGUUAGCUGCACUGACGAAGCACGACCGGAAGGGUGAGCGCCUAAAGUUUCCUGCAGAGAAGCUCAAGAUUGGCGACAUCGUCGAACGGCAUAUCGAAGACGGCGACAUCGUACUAUUCAAUCGACAACCUUCUCUCCAUAAGCUUAGUAUUCUCAGUCACAGGGCCAAAGUCCGACCAUGGAGAACCUUUCGACUCAACGAGUGUGUCUGCAAUCCCUACAACGCCGAUUUCGAUGGUGAUGAGAUGAACUUGCACGUUCCACAAACUGAAGAAGCACGCACAGAGGCUACCGAGCUUAUGGGCGUAAGGUACAAUAUUGCCACUCCAAAGAACGGUACACCUAUCAUUGCAGCCAUCCAGGAUUUCAUUACUGCAGCCUUUCUACUCAGCAACAAGAGCAACUUCUACGAUCGACGUACAUUCUGUCAGAUCGUCAACUACAUGUUCAAUGGAGAUGGAGCGUACGAUCCCGACACAGGCAAGACAUUGCCAAUCGAGAUCCCGCCACCUGUCAUCUGGAAGCCACAAGCACUUUGGACGGGAAAGCAGGUCUUCAAUCUUCUCAUGCGGCCCAACAAGGCAUCAAGAGUUCUUGUUAACCUUGAAGCCGCAAAUAAGAUGUUCAAGCCAAAGGCUGGCGUAGCACACGACCUCAGCGACAACGACUCGUACCUGGUCAUCCGUAACUCAGAAGUGAUGUGUGGAUGCAUGGACAAAGCAACAGUUGGUGAUGGAAAGAAAGAUUCCGUCUUCUACGUCAUGAUGCGUGAUUUUGGACCCGAACAUGCUGUCCAGGGCAUGAACAGACUCUCCAAGCUGUCCGCGCGAUGGCUGACCAACAAUGGCUUCUCCCUCGGUAUCAGCGACGUCACUCCAGGCGAGAAGCUCAUGCAAAAGAAGCAGGCCCUAGUUGUCGAAGCGUACAAGCAGUGCGACAAGAUCAUCAGCGACUUCCAGGAAGGGAAACUGCAGCGUGAUCCAGGAUGCGACGAAGAGAAGACAAUGGAGAACAGAAUUGGUGGUAUCCUGUCCAACGUUCGUCAAGCUGCCGGUGAGAUUUGUUUCGAGGAGCUCAGCAGAUGGAACUCACCCCUUCUCAUGGCCAAAUGCGGUUCGAAGGGUUCCAAUUUGAACGUCUCGCAGAUGGUUGCUUCCGUCGGCCAACAGAUGAUUGGUGGUGCGCGUGUUGCGGAUGGCUUCCAUCACCGAACGCUGCCUCACUUCCCCAAGGCGGCGCGACAGCCAGCAGCGAAGGGCUUCGUCAGUAACAGUUUCUUCUCGGGUCUUACGCCAUCCGAGUUCAUUUUCCACGCCAUGAGUGGUCGUGAAGGUCUCGUCGAUACUGCUGUCAAGACCGCCGAAACUGGUUACAUGAGUAGACGACUUAUGAAGUCCCUGGAAGAUUUGUCGGCCUCAUACGACGACACAGUACGAAACUCUUCAGGUACUGUCGUGCAGUUCCAAUAUGGAGACGAUAACCUGGAUCCCGUCGACAUGGAGGGUAAGGCCAAGCCUGUAAACUUUGACCGAACCUUCUCUCACGCCGUGACAUCAACUUGGACCAACAGCGAGCCCACCCUCGUCCCGGCUGAGAUCCGCGAGCAUGUCCAUGCCAGGAUGAACACGGAACGUAACAAAUACCCGCGAUACAUGCUGGAUGGCGUAACGAGGCUCGACUUCAAGGACAAUAGUGACUCUGGAAUCGACCAGAAGGAGUCUAUGCGCGACUUCCUUGAUACUGUCGAAGACUAUGUGGGCAAGAAGGCUACUAAGCUUGAGACAACUCUUCUUUACCUUGGCGUUGCCGAGCCGUCCCAGAGCCUGGAGAAACUUUCCCAAGAGGUUGCGGAGAAGUACAGUCUUGCUGACGGUAUCGCAAAGAUCUCCCAAAGAGCCCUUGACACUUUCAUUGAUCUCUGUCUUACCAAGUAUCACCGCUCGCGAGUCCAGCCUGGCCACGCUGUAGGUGCUAUUGGUGCGCAGUCUAUUGGUGAGCCUGGUACUCAGAUGACGCUGAAAACUUUCCAUUUUGCUGGUGUUGCUGGUAUGUCCAUCACCCAGGGUGUCCCGCGUAUCAAGGAAAUCAUCAACGCCUCAUCCACCAUCUCCACCCCCGUCAUUACUUGCGAGUUGUCCAACAAACUCUCCGAAUCCGCCGCACGUAUCGUCAAGGCACGUGUUGAGAAGACCUACUUGCGCGACAUCAUCACCUAUGUCGAGGACGUCUGGCAUCCCAGUGGCGCCUACAUCGCCAUGCGCGUUGACUGGGAUACCGUCAAUGCACUCUUUGUUGACAUCCAACCCCACGACAUCAUCCGCGCCAUCAAUAGGCACAAGGCGCUCAAGUGGGGCAAAGCCGGCACCAACGUCCGCAUCUCCUCCUCACUGAUCCGUGUCGAAGUCCCCGACCCCAGCGCCGCCAAAAAGCGCCCCGCGAAGACCGCCCGCAACCACAAAGAAUUCUUCGAGCGCGUGCAGCAAGUCAAAGCGCUCAUCCCCGACGUCGUCAUCAAAGGCUACGCCGACUGCACCCGCGCCAUCAUCAAAAAAGACACCUCCCCCAACAAAGACGGCAUCUACGAAUGCCAGCUCCUGGUCGAAGGCUACGGCUUCAAGGACUGCAUGACAACCCCCGGCAUCGAGCCCUACUCCACCAAAUCCAACCACGUCAUGGAAGUCCGCUCGGUCCUCGGCAUCGAAGCCGCGCGCCAGACCAUCGUGCGCGAAAUCAGCUCCGUCAUGGGCAACAUGGACAUCGAUCCGCGCCACAUGCAGCUGCUCGCCGACGUCAUGACGUUCAAGGGCGAUGUGUACGGCAUCACGCGCUUCGGGCUGCAGAAGACGCGUGACAGCGUGCUGCAGCUCGCCAGUUUCGAGAAGACGCCUGAUCAUCUGUUUGAGGCGGCUGCGCGCGGCAAGAUCGAUAGCAUCGAUGGCGUCUCCGAGUGCAUUAUCAUGGGCCAGAGUGUCAAGCUGGGGACCGGCGCGAUGCAGGUUAUCAGGCCGUUGGGGUUGACGACGGAGGAGGUGUGUGCGAAGCGGACGAUGUUCGAGGAGGGUUGGGAGGCGCUGUAGGCGGGCGCGUGGUAACGAGGGACCCGAGUGGUGUCAAGUAUCUGAGAGCGGGGAUCUGGGAAUGUGCUAUCUGAGCAAGUACAGCAUUAAAAGGGCGUUCCGGCGCUCCAUCGUUUCCACACUCUUGGCACAUAGCAUAGCGGCUGGCUGUCUGCAUUAUCUGAAUCCAUCUGAAUCUACAAAACACUUUGUCUUCCAAGCCAGUCGACACAGUUCUUCCAGGCCCAGGCUGUGCUCGCGUUCUGUCCCUUUGCGUGCGUCCAUACGCAUCGAUCCCAG